AGGAUCUUCCAGUUUUCACAAGAAACAGCAGAAGAACAUUAGACUUUUCUCGAGAACAUAAACCUCUAACAAUGGAAAACGCAGCAAACUUCAGUCCAAGAAAAAAUGCUCGCAAAGCAAAAGAGUUAGUCUUUGAAAGAAAAUUCAUUGCAAUAAAGGAUCUGAAAAUGAAAAAUGACAUAACAGGAGAAACAAUGUUCCGUUAUCUUUCAAAAGACAUCCAUGAGUAUCCUUCUCCUGUUGAGUUUCACAUCACAGAAGUGGCUCAUGUCACUAACAAGACUAGACGUCCAUUGAUCUGGAAAUCAGGGGGAUUCAAGGGAUUCAAGGGAUUUGGUAAAGAUUCGUUAUCAUGGUGGAGUCUGAAGAUUAAUGAAGCGGAUAUAAGUGCAGCAGAGGAGCGUUACCUCGAGAAAUUGUUCCCAGACAUAACCAAAGAAGAAAAAACAGCUCAUCCGCCAUUUCUGAGUGAUUUCACCACAUCACCCUUGUUCCUCAAUGAAUUCUCACGCUACGGCAACUUCCGCUUCACAUUUCCUCUGACUGAACUGAUGGAAGUCUACAAGAAGCAGACAUGUGAAGGUCAAGAGCCAGUUCUCCGGAUAUAUGAGACCAAACUUUUCAAGCAGGAGAUUGAGUAUGUUGUUCUUGUUCACAGCCCUGAGUUCAAUGAGAAGUUCAGAGAUUUUCCUCUGCUAACAUCCAGCCCAUUAGUUGCUUAUGAUGGACAUCAAAUUAUCUGGACAGCCCAAGCCAUUUGUGAAACUCACAAAUGCAAACUAGUAAAAAUGGAAAACGGUGUUCUGACAGAAACACUUGAAAAAAAGUACCAAGAGUUUUAUGUGUGGGAUCAUGUUAGCCUUGUCUUUCACAUCACUAAGGUCCUGACCUUCCCUAAAAGAAAGCUGAAGGCAAACCUCAGUUGUUGUAAAUUGGAUCCAAAGGUAAACCUUGCAAAUGGAGAAAACUGCUCUUCCCUUGAUGAAGCUGAGAAAAUCAUUGAAAGUUUGCUAGUUGAUGAAUCUGAAAAAGAAGAUGAAGAAUAAGAAAAUAAAUCUGUGGAGGUGAAAAUGGAAGUGGACUGAAUGUGUUCAAAUUCUGUAAGAACUUUUACACCUGUGUUUUUGCAGGGUUUUGCCCUUCCUGAUAAAUAACUUGAGGUGAGAUAAAUAAGGUAAAUGAAUAAAAGGUAGAGGUUGAUUUGUAUCUUACUUAUAUCUGUUACUUGUCAUUUAGAGGCUAUAAUAAGAUAAAAAAAAUAAAAUGUUAAUAUUUGAAACUCUGUGGAUCAAUAAAAACACAC